AUGUGGCGCGGAAUACUGCUGGCGUGCAGUAUGUACGUUGCUGUAGUGACCGGUCAAGUUAGACCCAACCGCGUGGUGGAUGUGGUCACCACCUGUGACAAGGGCGCGCUCAUCGCCACCAUACACAUGGAGCAACCAUUCAAAGGCAUCAUCUUCAGCAAAGACUUCUCGAGAGAAUGCAGAGUUCAAGGUAUAAAAGAACUAUGUGCUCACUCUGAGCUACUAGGUCAAUGCAUCAAAGGCAGUAUAAAUUAUCGGAAAAUGCGUUUUCUUUGGGGUCGUAUUGGCAUUUCGAAAAUAGACGAAAUUUCGUUUUCGUAGAAAUAAAAUAUAAUAUGCACACCGUCAUACAGUGGCAUCUUUUUGUCAAUGGACUCACACUAA